AUUCAGAAUCCAUGGAAAACAUACGGUUAUGCGGUAGUGUUUGGAACACUGGGUUAUUUGGGUGUGAACGUGGUGCUAUCGUUGGUACGUACUUCGGGUGCGUUGUUGGCGGUCACAGUGACCACAGUGCGCAAAGCCAUCACAAUAGUGGUUUCGUUUGUGAUGUUUGCGAAGCCAUUCACAAGUGCUUAUUUGUGGGGUGGUUCGAUCGUUAUGCUGUCCAUCUAUCUGAAUCUCUACAAUAAGAAUCGUCUCAAAUGGGAUCCAAUGAUCCGAAAAUGGAUCGACUACGUGACCGGUGCUGAUCGCAUUCAACGACCAACAUUCAAAACUACUGAAGUGUUGUAA